UGACUGUCGACAAUUGAAAUCUAUACUCGUUGGGGAAGAUUUUAAACUGAGUUUUUAAUUCUUUGUUUACUGAAAUUAAUUGCAGGGGAAGCAAAAGCCCCGUGACAGACGAUAUGGGAAUUGGGGAAAACAGGCCUAUAAAUACAUCUGAGAAAUCUCUAGCUCUUCACAAGACAAGAAAUGAUGUUGCGGCUUGCUAGAUUGCCUUCAAUUUCCAGAAAAUGGUCGCAACUGGAACUGGUGAAUACAAUCUUCCCGGUUGGCAGCAAUGGAGUUUUUGAAGGCAUCUGCCUUAUACAGACCAGAAAUUCUUUCAAUACAGGCGGAUUGCAAUGGUUUGCAAGGCCAGUCUCUGAAAAACAAUUUCUUUCUCUGGUAGUUCACCAAAUUGGAGGGCAAAUUUCUGUAAUCUCUGUGUCGCCCUGUUCAGGUCAAGUGCUGGCUCUGUUGCGCAAUUCUGAGAACCAGAAAAGCCUUUCGGUAUAUUCCCCUGAUUUCAACGGCUGGAAACCCCUGCCGGCCAUGAAUGUGUCCAGGGAUCUGAAUUCCUUUUCCGGUGCCGUCAUAGGCGAUUUCUUUUAUGUUGCCGGCGGCCUUCCAGCCAAGGGUUCCGGCAUGACCAGGGGAGAAUUUUCGGAAGCCGAGAGGCUCGAUUUGCGCAGCAACCAGUGGGAGAAGAUCCCUGCAAUGACUCGCCCUCAUUCUUUUGGCAAGGGUUUUGCAAUGGACGGUUGCUUUUUUGUCAUCCAUUUAGGUAACAUUCAGCAUCCCCUGCGUCGAGCCGCGGAGAGGUUCGAUCCUGCGACAAAACCUCUGGACAUUUAUUCCUGAGUUCCUGCCGCAAGAGUUCGAGGACUACAGGAUUGCCGUCUUGAAAAACGAGCUCUACAUGCUAAAAUGGUCCAGUGCGAACCCCUGUGGAAGGCUUCUAAGGGCCGUCUUUUUGGUCUGCUAUGUUGGAGAACAUCAAUGGCGUGGGGCCUCAGAAAUUUGUUCACGCCUGCAAAAUUGGUGUUGAAGGAGAGAUUCCUCUCUGGCGAACUAUUCCGAUCUUCUGUCUGUGAUUAUGACUCUGCAUGCCAUUGAUUCGUCAUUGCUUUAGCUCCAGGUUACCGUUUUUCUUUUCUUUUUGUCAGAAUUGUUUAGUUGAAGAUUACAUUUUCUUAUGAAUAUUUGAAGCUAAAUUGUGUGAGAAAGAGAAAUUAAUGUUUGAAAGAUAAAAGACUUCUUGGCUAUUCUUAAAUGUUGCCCCCU